AUGAGCAACCCUUCCCUGCUCAAGCUUGUGGGUGAAAAAUCUCUACCUCAGGCGGCCGACCCUUGUCUCAUUUCAUACUGCCCGUCCAUGGACUUGGUUGCACUUGGCACAACAGAUCAACAAGUUCUCAUAUAUCGUCUGAACGGCCAAAGAGUAUAUGGGGCCGCGCAAAAGACAGGAAAGUUGAGGGUUGAGAGCAUCAAAUGGAAGCCGAACGGUCAGUUACUUGCAAUUGCGUGGAACGAUGGCUCCGUCCGACUUGUUGGAGCAGAAAGCACUAAAAUUGUACAUCAAUUCUCCACAGGGGAGAACGUCUCUGGCAUUACAUGUAUGGGGUGGGGUUCUAACAUUACCGAUAAAACGUCAAGCUCAAGAAAGGUCGCGACGUGGGAGGAUGUUUUGAAGUCUGAUUCUUUCAUCUCAAAGGAUACCAUAUCUUUGGAUUUACCAAGAGAUCUUUCUAUGAUCGAUAUUGAACGAAGUUUGCCUAAACUUAGUCUAUUGCCUGCCGGGGGCACGUCGGAUGAUGUCUUCUGUUCUAGAUCUUCGUUGGAUGCUCUAUUUCGCCCAUUUGAUCCCAAAGAUAAUAGAGCCGUCGAUGUAAUGGUUGUUGGGACUAAACAUGGACUAGUUCAUCUUACUAUCUAUGACUCGUUUUUCAUCGGGUCCUUUUCCCUACCAACAACUUCUGAAGGGAUAUCACUCAAUUUUGUUCGCCAUAGUUCUCAUCCCCAGAGUUCCACCCACUCAUUACUACUCGAGAAUGGUGAUUCAAGAAUCUUGUACGUGGCGGCGUUAGAUUUGCGAUUCAUCUCCGCAACAAGUGACUACCUCUCGCUGUUGGCUUCACGUUCUACCGCUCUUCAAAACCUCUUAAGAUACAUCCAUCAAGUACAAAUCUUAAUGGUUAAUGAAUGGAAGUCAACUCAAGAGCUCCCUGGAAGGUUUAUACGUAACAUCAAUGAAACUCUGCAGGAGAAGGCUAAAGGGGACAUUGUGCAGGGUCUGUAUCACUCUGUUGCCACAGGCCAUACAUUUCCCGCAGUAAAAGAAUGGUUAGUCGAUGAGCUUCAAGAGAGAGGUCUAAAACGAUGGGAGAAAGCCGUGUUCACUGGACUCGAAAAUUUGCGCCGUUUGGUACAUGAAAAUAUGUUGCCCGCGUUAGAGCGGUGUUCAAUGAUCCUGAGUCGCUUCUCAGGAAUCGCCAAAUUCCAAGGCACUAAUGACACCGUUGGAUUUUCCAGUAAAGAUGUCGGCCGUAUUAUGGACACCGUUUCUUGUCUCCAUCUUGUGGCUUCAAAGAUUUUGAUUCAGGUGGUCGACGAGAUUGAUCUCUUCUCGGCGUUCACUGCCUGGAUGCGAUACGAAAUUGACAGACUCUCCGCUGACUCUAGCGUUCCAAAAGAGGACGAGCUGGAAAAAGAAUCUUCCCUAGAUCACAGCAAGGUAUUGCUCUACAUUCAAACUUGUAUGACGACGAGCCCAUUAGAAGUAUAUCUGGGAGAGAGCACGCCAGAUGAGGCUAAAAACCCAUGGGGCCAGUCGGAGAAAGGUGUUCGCAUGUUCGAGCUACUUGACAAGCAACUCCAUAAACAAGAACAGGGCAUUCCAUACAUCAAAUCACUACCUCGGGUCGAGCUUCUGUGUACGCACCUAACAGACCAAGCAAAAGAGGUAUUUGGCCAGAUAGCCAAUGCCGAAAAGCGAAACGUUAUAUUUGGGACUCCUCAAGAAGUUGGAUCCGGACAUGAUAAGUCCCUGCUUGACUUCUGUAUGAUUAGCAAGCGACCGUCAGUAUCUCAGGCCUACGUUGCCUUUGUCCCGACAGGGGCUCACGACUUAAUACAAGUUACUCGUGUCACUUAUAGUCUUGAACGGGGACUCAGCACCAUUAAAGACACGUCUUCGUCAUUGCUCAAAUUAACUGGCGGAUCAAUCCGAGAUCUGAAAUUACAAUCUACCGGUCACCUGUUGAUCCUGUGGGAGACAAACGAAACCCACCACCUGUUGACUAUUCCAUUUGACGCACCUGCGGGGACAGUGAGUUCGGAUAAAGGAACUUAUAGUAUGGAAUACGUUCCGUACCGUCCCAAAGAUGCGGCCCAUAGUCCAGUUUCUUUCAAUAAUGAGGAAAUUGAAAAGCGCUUCUCAAUUCACAAGUUCACGGACGGUGGCCAUUUUGUCCCUAGAAGCUUGGAGAUCAGAGGGCUUAAUCAGCUUGAUCUUAACCUUCGACGCAUCGUCGUUCUUAGCAAAGAUAAACACCAUUAUCAAGUCUUCGCUUUUACCAGCAUGAAAAGCGACGCAGCAGGAAACACGACUUCGGAAAAUGAAGACGUGUCAAUGUCCAAUGACUCUUGA